GAAGCAAUAUAGUAUUAACAGAAUAAGAGUACAUUUUACUUAAAGAAAAUGUUUAUAUGGCUUGCGAACGAAAAUUAAGGUGUAAGAGCAGGAAUAAAUUUUCAUUAAAAAAUCUGAAAUUGAAAUCCAAUAUUUAUUCGAAGAUAACGCAAAAAAUAUCUGGUAAAACAAUUUCAGAUUUUGCCCUGUUCGAAUGUUUUAAAAACCCGAGACAAAAUAAGAAAAUUAAAAUCAAAUUCCGUUGAUUUCAUAUCACUGAAAACAAAAGCCAAUUUAAAGCCACUGGCACAACAAAGCAAGCUAACAGCUAGAGGUAAUAUCGACACAAAAACAUUUAGGAAAUUAUUAAAAAGCGAAAAAACAAAUCAUUUUGAAUAUCAUCCACAGUGAACUCAACAGGACUGACUUGUAGAGGCACAUAAUAAUAUGUAAAUUUCCUCAACUGCUUUGUAAGGAAAUUAUUAAUUUUAAGGUAACUUAGUCAGUUUUUAAUCAUUAUUAAGAGUAAAUUGGUUUUAUAUACUUCACACAGAGCAAACUUAACAAUUUUAAAGUAAAUAGAGAGCUGAAGUUUAAGUUUAAAGCUUUUGAGAGAUUUUUAAUGAGAUGUUGUGUUUUUCUCAAACGUGAUCUCAUCGCCUAUUAUUAUUAUUGUUAUUCAUAUUUUUAAAGUUUAUCUUGUUCAUUGUGAAGUGCACUGACGUAGCGACUUUCAGAUAAACCUUUGAAGGAGCUACUUAGAAACGUAUGAUAAACUAGCAUAUUUCACUACUUUAUUAGAUGCCAAUGUGAAGUGAAAACUGUAAGGCAUUUAAUUAGCAAAUUACUUUUUUAGUUUACAAAAAAUGUUGAAUAUAAUAAAUUUGCUUAUUUCGGCAUUUUUUGUCCAAAUUUCACGAGGACAGCUGCUCGUUACCCUGCCACAAGGCCAAAUACUUGGACACGAGCUUCAAACCUUCACGAGUAGGCCUUACUACGCUUACCAAUCCAUACCAUAUGCUGCAGCGCCAGUAGGCGAACUGAGGUUUCAGGCUCCUGAAGAACCGGAAAGCUGGACAGGCGUUUUAGAUGCAACAGAGGACAGUCACAUGUGCUAUCAGAUGCAAUACGAUGGUCCAGAGGAGAGUGAGGAUUGCUUGUACAUCAAUGUAUUUACUCCUGUUUUAAAUAGAGAAAACGAUGACACAAAGUUGCCAGUUAUUUUUUGGAUCUAUGGUGGCGGACUUCGCAAUGGGGCUGCAAGAUUUCAAGAUUAUCGGCCUGAUUACUGGAUGGAUGAAGAUGUAAUUCUGGUUACACAUAAUUACAGAGUGGGAAUGUUUGGGUUCCUGUCUACAGGCGACAGUAUCAUACCAGGUAAUAAUGGACUCAAAGACCAAAACUUAGCCCUGAAAUGGACAUACGAAAAUAUUCAUCUAUUUGGAGGCGAUAAGGAUAAAAUAACUGUCCAUGGGCAAAGCGCUGGAGCAGUUUCGGCCAGUUAUCACCUUCUUAUUAAGCAAUCCGCUGGGUUAUUUCGGUCGGUGAUUGCAGAAAGUGGCUCCCCGCUUAACAUGUACUCAUUCAUAGAAAAUCCGAAAGAUUACGCAAUCCAACUGGCCCAGGCGAUAAAUCCAGAUAUUUCCUCCGAUGCCGACAGCGAAGAAAUACGAGACUUUUUACUCAGUUUGGAUGGGAAGACCAUAGAUAACUACUCAAAAGCGACUGCAAUUGCUCAGCCAGCGGCUGUAAUUGAGCCGGAAAGUCCUACAGCUGUAGUAACCACAGAAAUGUACGAAAUGUUUGAGUCUGGCGACUUCUACCAAGUGCCAGUUCUGAUGGGAAUCUGCUCAGAAGAAGCUCUCUUCAUUGCUACAUCGGAAAACUACCCCAUAAGAUUAGGACGCACUUAUGAUGCAAAUGAAGCCUUAGUGGUGCCUGAUAUAUUCCCGCAUGAUGAAGACAUCGACACGGCUGUUAUAGGAGAGGCAGUAAAGCUGGUUUACUUAAAUGAGGAGGAUCCUUGGGCAGAACACCCGGGACGGGUUGUAAGACAUUUUAGUGACCAGAGAUUCGCCAGAGCGAUUAUCAAGCAAGGAAAACUGAUUUCACAGUACGCUCCGGUUUAUUUCUACCAGUUUUCUUAUGAUGGAGACGUAGGCGGAUGGAAUACUGUGGUAGAAGACGCAGAAAAAAUUCAACAUGCAGAGGAGCUAUACUACGUGUUUUUGAAUAGGAGCUUGAGCGAAAUCGAUGAAGGUGAUGCUCUCACUCAUAGGAGACUUGUUAGACUGUGGUCCAAUUUCAUCAAAUACGAAAAUCCAACCCCAGAGCCUGACGAACUUUUGGAAAACAUCGAGUGGCCAGCCGUUUCUCCUCUGGAUUAUAAAUAUUUGAACAUCAACAAUUCGUUGAGCAUUGAGCUGAACCCAAAAGACCCGUACUUUUCCAAAUGGGAAAAUGUUUUUGAAACGUACGGUCGUCGACCAUUUUCCACAUUCUAGAACAGGAUGACGAUUGAAUACAUAUUUUGCAACCGCGUUUAAUAAA